UCGAUCUUCCUCACCUUCUCUCUUAAUUCCAACUCCGACCCAUUUUCUGGGAACUGCAUCCAACCCGACCCAGAUGGGAAUCUGCAGCUCAACUGGCUCCACCCAAGUGGCCACCGCGAAGCUGAUCUUACCGGACGGCAAGCUCCAAGAGUACUCCUACCCUGUCCGGGCUUCCUACGUCCUCCAGAAGCUCCCGACCUGCUUCAUAUGCAACGCCGACGAGAUGGAGUUCGAUGACGUCGUCUCCGCCGUCCACGACGACGACGAGCUCCACCCCGGCCAGCUCUACUUCGCUUUGCCGAUGAGCUGGCUUAAGCAUCCCUUACAGGCUGAGGAGAUGGCCGCAUUGGCCGUAAAAGCCAGCUCCGCGCUCAUGAAGAGCGGCGGCGAGAAAUGCGCCUACCGGAAAAAUUCCGUUUCUCCGGUGACCUUUUCCGGCGAGGAGGUCAAGUCCUCGCGGAGGGGCGCCGGUGGCGGCGGCGUGAGGAGGAGUGGUAGUGGAGGGAGGAAGUUAUCGGCAAUGUUGAGUGCGAUACCGGAGUAGUGAAGGGUAGUGAGGGAAUUUAAAGUGAGGAGGGGUUGUAAAUAUGGUGUAAUCAUCUGGGGGAUGUGAUUAGGUUAGAGGUUUAGAGGGUUUUCGGUGAAUUACGGGAGGGUAAUUUUUUAAAUCUUUUAAAUUGUUGUACCUGGCAACCAUUUCUGGAGUUGUGUUACAAUUUUGGCCCUAGAUGGUUUUGAGAAAACAGAAAAAUUAUAAUCUGUUCUCAAAUUUCAGAU